UGAGAGCUUCUAACUGCCUUGAGGCUGGACUGAGCACAAGGCAGGACGGUGAAUAGGCAGUGAAGAAAGUCUGAUGUGAAAUUUGUUGUUGUUGAGUGCUCCCAUUUCGUUCUGGAUCGCCCUCUACUAGCUUCUCUGAAAGCAGAGUAGCAGUUGGGAAGGUACCUGAUCUGAAUCUCCCUCCAAAGAGUCGCACCAUGAAAAGGAAAAAGAAGAGUAAACAUCUGGAGAGCAGCUGCUCACCACCUGCUGCGAAAAUGCCCAGAGGAAUCUCAGAUUUACCUGAUAAUGAGCUAUUUUCUGCGACCUCUUCGGAAGACAAGAGCCUGGUUCCAAAGGCCAAAGAACCACCCUAUGAACUGGAGUACUAUCCCUACCACACUAGUUUGUCCAAUACCCCUGAUGCUGAAAUCCAGAAGAGUCAAGAGGUGGCUCCUGAUUCAUAUGCAAGGGUCCCGGCCCAUUCUAAGGCAGCAGGAGAGACAUCCUCCCCCUCACAAGGUGGCGCCUUUCUGAACAAGCCCUUGGUUAUUGAAGGAGUGGAAGCCCAUCACUCCCAGCAAGAGGCUUCCUCUGUCCAGUAUCUGCAAAUGCCUCUACUCCAGGACCCGGAGCGGCAGCCGAUGGCCCAUCCCUGCCAACACCAUUGCUUCCAUUUCCAUCUGGCUGAUGAACCCUGUACUUUUGCAGCACACAGGAGAACGGAGAGGGUGAUGAAGGUCUACUACACAAGAGUGGAGAGAAAAAGAAGGGCCCAUGUCACGUGGGAUACUCAGGAAGGACCUGGAGCCCUUGGGAAGAGAAUGAAAGUGGAAGCAAUGGCCUUUGCUGGGAAGGUCCCUGAAACCCCCAGCCUCUCCUACGAGUCCACACAGGACCUUGUCACAGACGACUCCAGCUUCUGUGUGGAAGAGCCAGAGCCAGAGCUGGAGCAGGAAGGGCUCAGUUGCCAACCAGUGCUGCCAGCUGCAGAGGAGGAAAAGCCCCUGGCCAGGGCCAACUCACCUGAGUGGCUGGUGACGCCCAUGAAAGGCUUCAAGUGCCUGGCCUGCUGCCGUGUCUUCCCCAGCCUGGAGGACCUACAGGAGCACGUGCAGCGUGGAGUCAGUGAGGGCUUCAGCUGCCGUAUUUUCCAUCUUGCCCUCUCCUGGCAAAAGAGCAAGAGGCGCAUGAAGGACAAGAGGAGCAAGAGAAAGAACAGAUUCAGGGAGUUAGCUUCUGCAUGCAAGGAGGAGGAACAUUAGAUGUGGGGACAUCCUCACGCCACUAACCAGGUCAUGGACAUGCCAAGAGCUCAGCUUCCAUUCGCUGAACAUCAUGCAAAGGAUGGGACCUGGAAAUGUUCCUGAGUCUCCAACAAAUAGCUGAAUGUUUGUCACCACAGCAGGAACAGCUGCCCCUUCCUGGGCUCUGGUUUUCUCAGAGCCACAGGCCCAGGACUUGAACACAGAUGCCCAGCACAUGUUUCCAGUCUACCUGCAGUGCAGUAUGCAGGAUUCAAGACAGAAAAGAAUCCUCCUGCUUCUCCCCAGUUUCCUGGGGUCUCUGGCCAUUGCUCAAAAUGAAGAGACCUCUUUCUGCUUCUGUCAACUUGCAGGAA